AUGUCCUUUAGCAAAGGCCAAAGACAGCUGACAAAGUACAAAAGCAGCCCAGAAGAAGACCUCGCUCGAGCGAAUCCUCGUCAUCGGAUGACGACGACAAAGAUCGACGUCAAGAAACGUAAGAAGAGCAGGAAACGCCACGUUACGAGAGAAAAGGGUAGAAUUGACCUCGACGAUGAAGAUGAGGAGGAGGUCGAUAGUGAUGUUUGUCCUUGUUGUGAAAAAGGAGAGGAGUGCAGUGCUCCUAGUGCAGAUCCAGUCGGUUUCACCAUGCUGGAUACAAAACACAAGUGCCCCAAUUGCCAAUGUGAUAGGAGACACCGGCAUUAUCCACGGGAUGAUUCUACAGAUGAAGAAAUGAAUCCGUGCUGUCGGUCUUUUGUAAGGAUAUGUCGGAGAAAACGUAACAAGACUUGUCAAAAACACUGUCGUGCCAAGUCGCCCCGUAAAUUGACUCAUCUAAGAUACGUAUCGCCUUCGCAAAAAGAUUAA